AAGGAAAGGCCCCUACGAAAACAGAUUAAGCAGCAGAGUGAGCACUAUUUACUGUCGCAGCAAGAAAUGAGGCUACUAAAUCCUACCCUUCUCUUCUUAUCAUUUAUUUUUCUUACUUCACUGCACAGACCCACCUUUGCCUCCAAAAAGUCAUAUGUGGUGUACUUGGGAGCACAUUCAGAUGGCCAAGAAUUGACUUCGAUCGAUCAAAAUCUUGUUUCUGAUUCUCACUAUGAUUUUCUUGGAUCAUUUCUUGGAAGUCGAGAGUUCGCUCAAGAUGCCAUAUUUUACUCAUACACAAGGAACAUCAAUGGUUUUGCUGCAACUAUAGAAGAUGAAGUUGCAGCACAAAUAGCUAAGCAUCCAAAAGUGGUUUCAGUCUUCUUGAACACUGGAAAAAAGUUGCAUACAACUCAUUCAUGGAGCUUCCUUGGACUCGAGCAAAACGGUGUAGUUCCUUCUAACUCAAUCUGGAAGAAAGCAAGAUAUGGUGAAGAUAUAAUUAUUGGAAACCUUGAUACUGGUGUCUGGCCUGAAUCAAAAAGCUUCAGUGACGAAGGGUUGGGACCGAUUCCUUCAAAGUGGAAAGGAAUAUGUCAAAAUGGAUCAGAUCCCGGUUUUCACUGCAAUAGGAAGCUUAUUGGGGCAAGGUACUUCAACAAAGGUUAUGCCUCGGCGGUUGGUCCUCUGAAUUCCACCUUCGAAACACCUCGAGAUAAAGAUGGUCAUGGAACACAUACCCUAUCAACAGCAGGCGGUAAUUUUGUAGCAGGAGCCAAUGUGUUUGGGUUAGGCAAUGGAACAGCAAAAGGUGGUUCACCAAAAGCAAGAGUUGCAGCUUACAAGGUCUGCUAUCCCCCAGUUGGUGGAAAUGAGUGCUUUGAUGCAGAUAUCUUAGCAGGAUUUGACACUGCAAUAAGCGAUGGGGUUGAUGUCCUUUCUGUGUCACUGGGAGCAGUUCCUACCCCUUUCUUUAGUGACAGCGUUUCAAUUGGCUCUUUCCAUGCUGUAAAGCAUGGGAUUGUCGUGAUUUGUUCUGCUGGUAAUUCUGGUCCUGAUGAAGCUACUGUCUCCAAUCUUGCACCCUGGCAGAUCACUGUUGGUGCCAGUACCCAGGACAGGGAGUUCCCCAGUUAUGUUACCCUUGGCAAUAACAUUAUUUACAAGGGGGAAAGCCUAUCAGCAAUGGCCUUGCCAAAGAAUAAGUUCUUCCCAAUUAUAAGUGCUGCAGAUGCUAGAACAGCUAAUGCAUCGGUGGAAGAUGCGCUGCUGUGCGAAGCUGGAACACUUGAUCCCAAGAAGGCCAAGGGGAAGAUCUUGGUCUGCCUUCGAGGAGUAAAUGCAAGAGUGGAUAAGGGUGAGCAAGCUUCUCUAGCUGGUGCUGUUGGGAUGGUUCUUGCCAAUGACAAGGAUUCUGGGAAUGAAAUUCUCGCUGAUCCUCAUGUCCUUCCUGCUUCUCAUGUAAAUUACACCAUUGGUGUUGCUAUCUUCGCUUACAUUAACUCCACCAAGUCUCCUAUUGCUCACAUUACACCUCCAAUAACACAAAUAGGCACAAAGCCAGCUCCCUUCAUGGCAGCAUUUUCAUCCAAGGGUCCCAACACAAUUGCUCCAGACAUCCUCAAACCUGAUAUCACAGCACCAGGAGUAAGUAUCAUAGCAGCUUACACAGAAGCAGAAGGACCAACAAAUGAAGAUUUUGAUACACGACGAGUUCUGUUUAACUCUAUAUCAGGCACUUCAAUGUCAUGUCCUCAUGUUUCAGGCGUUGCUGGCCUUCUUAGAACUCUCUAUCCAAACUGGAGUCCUGCAGCAAUUAAAUCAGCAAUUAUGACUAGUGCAACAACGCGGGAUAACAAGAAGGAGCCAAUUCUGAACGCAUCCUACUCCAAGGCUACUCCAUUCAGUUAUGGAGCAGGACAUAUCAGACCAAACCAAGCUAUGGAUCCAGGGCUGGUUUAUGACCUGACUGUUUACGAUUACCUGAAAUUUUUAUGUGCCUUGGGAUACAAUGCAACCCAAAUUUUAUCAUUCUCAGAGACUCCUUACAAAUGCCCUUCCAAGCCUAUUAGUCUUGCCAACUUCAACUACCCUUCCAUCACCAUCCCAAAUUUCAAUGGCUGGAUGACGGUCACUCGAAGAGUUAAAAAUGUUGGCAGUAUUCCAAGUACAUAUAGAGCUCGUAUCAGAAAACCAACUGGGAUUUCCAUUUCUGUUGAGCCAGAGAUCUUGAAAUUCAAUAAAGUUGGCGAAGAGAAGAGCUUUCAUGUUACCCUGAAAAGCCAAAAAUCCUCUCCAAGAAAGGACUAUGUAUAUGGAGAGCUGAUAUGGUCAGAUAGCAAGCACACUGUGAGGAGUCCUAUUGUGGUGAAGUGGUGAAAAGCAGCUAAUGCUUCAUGAAAAUAGAGUUGAUUAAUUAACUAUUACAACUCAAUCCUGCUUAGAAGCUAUAAUUAUUCUCAGGAAUUGCUGAUGUUCCUUUGAUAAGAAUAAUGAAUAAGAAAAGUAAAGUAUUAGCAAUUAGCUACA